AUGGCGAAGGUCAGAGUCAGCGGGAAGCGCAAGGCUGAGGCGCAGCCUGCAGCGGAGGUGCCAGCACCAAUGACGGCGCCACCCAAAAAGGCGUCGGCUUUUCCCAAGGUCGAGACGCCCGAGAAGGUCAGCCGCAAGCGCCGCCUGGUGCAGAUGGACUCCAUGGAGGCGAAGCGGACGGCUCCAAAAGCCCGCCAGUCCUUGGAGGAGGAGGGUCACGCGGCGAAGCUUCAGCAGCUCUUUACCGGCAUCGAUCUCGUUCUGCAGCUUGUUGCUUCAAGGCAGCGGGACACGACUUUGGAACAAUUGCGAGACGCCGUGUUGGCACACACCCGCUGCGACCUCACGGAGGAGCGGUUUCGGGAGGUGCUCUUUGUCGCCGAUUGGAUGCUGGCAGCUUACUGGGUCGGACAGGGCGAGUCGGCUUACCUGACUGUCGAGCAGCGGGAUAAGGACGGCAAGCACAUGCGGCCCGAGGGUGAUGAGCUCACUGCGCGAAAGGAUCGGUUCGCCGAGCGGCUGAAGAGCGUGUCCUUGCCAAGCUCUCCGCCCGAGUUGCCCUCGCGGCCAGAGGCGCCGCCCCCUCGGAAGCUGCUGGAGAAGCCCGACCUUCCUCCUGUCCAGGACAUCGACAUGUCGCUGCUGCCGCCGCUGCUCCCUCCGGGCCAAGGUACGCCCGCAGAACGUUUCGAGGCGUUGAGGCGCCGAGUGAAGGCCAAGGAGGAGCUCUACAAACAGGCGGAGACCCACGUGGCCCAAGUCCGGCAGAUAACGAAGAAUAUCGGAAUCUGCGAAGAUGCUGUCAGAGCCCUGUGGGUGUUGUUGAAGAUGUUCGACUCCAGUUUCGUCAGCCGCGCCUCCUCCGCACCGAGCUGGCGACAGAAGCCUGCCACUGUACCGGCGCCAUUCAAGGAGAAGACAUGGAAAGACUUGAUCGAGAGGGCCCGAAUCCCGGAGCGAAAGUUGCUGUCGGCCCUGUGCUCACUGACUUGGGCCGAGCAGACCUCGAAUCCAAUGACCUUGGAGGCAGCCCGCGCCGCCAUCGCCGAGCUUCGCGAGAUGGGCGACGGCGUGUGGUUCCAGGUCCAGAAGGUCCCAGAUGCCGGGAAUUACUUGGCCUCUCUCGGCACAGGAAGCGAAACGGUUCGCCUGGCCUUAAAAGCGAAGAUCCAGGAGCUGGAGAAGGAACGCCGUGCGUUGUUGACAUCCAAGUGA